AUGUUUAGAAGAUCAUUCCACAGUGCACGCCAACUAAGAAGCUAUGCCGACACCAUUCCUAAUCUCAAAAUCACCAAGGACACCAAGGUGAUGUACCAGGGGUUCACCGGUAGACAAGCAACUUUCCAUGCGCAACAGGCGAUUGACUAUGGCACCAAUGUUGUUGGAGGUACCAAUCCAAAGAAGGCGGGUCAACUCCAUUUGGAGAGGCCUGUCUUUGCCACUGUUGCAGAGGCCAUUAAGGAGACUGGCGCCACUGCCUCUGGUAUCUUUGUUCCACCGCCAAUUGCCGCAUCUGCAAUUGAGGAGGCCAUUGAAGCCGAACUACCUCUUGUUGUCUGUAUCACUGAGGGCAUUCCUCAGCAGGACAUGUUAAGAAUCUCCCAGAUGUUGAAGACCCAGUCCAAGACAAGAAUGGUUGGUCCAAACUGUCCUGGUAUUAUUGCUCCAGAGCAAUGCAAAAUUGGUAUUAUGCCCCAAUCCAUUCACAAGAGGGGAAAAAUCGGUAUCGUCUCCAGAUCGGGUACUCUCACUUACGAGGCAGUCAACCAAACUACAAAGGUUGGUCUAGGCCAGACCUUGGUUAUCGGAAUGGGCGGUGAUCCGUGUCCUGGUACUAACUUUAUCGAUGCCCUCACUUUGUUUUUGAACGAUCCGGAAACAGAAGGUAUCAUCAUGAUUGGUGAAAUUGGUGGUUCCGCCGAAGAGGAGGCUGCAGAUUUUUUGAAGCAGUACAACUUGACCAGAGAGGUUCCUAAACCAGUCGUGUCCUUCAUUGCAGGUGUCACUGCUCCUCCAGGUAGAAGAAUGGGACAUGCCGGUGCAUUGAUCUCAGGAGGUAAGGGUACUGCGCAAUCCAAGAUUGAAGCCCUCACUGCUGCUGACGUUGAAGUUGUUCCUUCUCCUGGUAUGUUGGGUGAUGCCUUGUACAAGCAAUUCGUCGACAGAAAAUUGCUAUAA